AACAUGGUCGUCUACUACCAGAUCGCCGGCAAGAAGGUCGGCUCUCACUUCCUCGCCAUGGGUGUCCUCGGCACAAUGUUCGGUGGUGUCUUCCUUGCCACCCGCGGCGGUGGUGAGAAGAAGCAGGCCACUCCCCCCAUCCAGGCCGCCUCUAAGGAUGAGGAGACUUUCAUCCAUGGACGGCGGCGACAAAAAAUAAACCGUCUCCUUCCGUCACGAGGAACGAACCGAGGACGAACGGCCCCACAGUCAAGUCAUUGAUUGAAACGAGCUCGACACUUGCGAUUCACGACGAGCGCACUUUCCUUGCGUGAUGGCUGUGUGGAGGGAUGAUGGGAUGACCUUCGUUCUUGGGUGUUGGACCGACUGCUGGUGAUUGCUAUUGUUAUUGCCGGUGGUGAGGUGUGUGAUCUGUACAUAUAGAGGUAUACACCGUUUUUCUCAGGUGCA